AUGAUUGGGGAAGGAAACAACACAGAGAUAACCCACUUUAUCCUCCUGGGAUUCUCAGAUUUUCCCAGGAUCUUAGUGGUGCUCUUUGUUAUAUUCCUGCUGAUCUACAUUACCACUGUGACCUGGAACCUGUGCCUCAUCAUCUUAAUAAGGAUGGAUUCCCACCUCCACACACCCAUGUACUUCUUCCUUAGUCACUUGUCCUUCAUAGAUAUCUGCUAUGUUACCUCCACAGCCCCAAAUAUGCUCUUCAACUUCUUCCAAGAGCAGCAAACAGUCACCAUCAUGGGCUGCAUUGUGCAGUACUUCAUCUUUUCAACCAUGGGUCUGAGUGAUUCUUGUCUCCUGACAGCCAUGGCUUAUGACCGAUAUGCUGCCAUUUGUAAGCCACUGCUCUAUUCAUCCAUCAUGUCUCCCACCCUCUGUGGUCGGAUGGCACUGGGAGCCUAUAUGGCUGGGGUCUCUGGUUCUCUAUGCCAAUUGUGUGCCUUGCUUCAGCUCCACUUCUGUGGGCCUAAUGUCAUCAACCACUUCUUCUGUGACAUGCCUCAGUUGUUAAUCUUGUCCUGCACUGACACAUUUUUUGUACAAGUCAUACUUGCUAUGUUAUCAAUGACUUACGGGAUAGGAAGUACUAUAAUCAUCAUGACCUCUUAUGGCUACAUUGUCAUUGCCAUCAUGAAGAUCACUUCAGCUAAAGGAAGGUCCAAGGCUUUCAACACCUGUGCUUCUCACAUGACAGUAGUUUCCCUCUUCUAUACCUCAAGUAUGUUUGUUUAUUUGAGUUCUAGCUCUGGUUCUUCCCCCAGCUUUGACAGAAUUGCUUCAGUGUUGUAUACUGUGGUGAUUCCCAUGUUGAAUCCCUUGAUUUACAGUCUGAGGAACAGGGAAAUCAAAGAUGCCUUGAAGAAGUUGCAAAAGAAGAGAGAGCACUGCCAAGGUCACACACCCUGA